AUGAAGCUCGCUGGUGCUCUGGUGCUCCUUGGGGCUGUCCUGCUCCUGACUUCAGGAGGAGAUUGUGGCAUUUGCCCAGUUAUAAAAGAAGAUGCUCUUCUAUUUAUUUACGAGACCCCAGAAGAGUAUACUGACUAUGUGAAAACAUACAAAGAUGACCCUCUCAUAGUGGGAAAUACUGAGAAAAUGAAGAGAUGUAUUGAUAGCAACUUGACAGAGGAAGACAAGGCACACGCAAUCGCCUUCAUCGAGAAAAUAGAAGCUAGCCCAACAUGUUGA